AUGUCGGUCGAGACCUUGACAACGUCUGAGAUUCAUAUAUACGGCAAAGACCUUUCUUACCAAGAAACUUCUACUACAAACCUCGUCGAUUCUGCAGUGCAUCAAAAAACGACAAGUCACUAUUACAAGUGGCUGCUCGAUGCAGAUUCCACAGCAGACCUGACAGCAACGACACAAAAAGCAUUGCUCCUUCACGCCCCAUUUCAAGAAUAUCUGCUGGAGCAGCAGCAUAUAGUUCCAAUUACGAAGACAAAAGAUGAGAUCCUCGUCAAGGUCAUUGCUGUUGGGUUAAAUCCAAUCGAUUGGAAAGGACCGGCUUAUAAUUUCGGGAUCCCAAGCCUGCCAUGGGUCAAUGGUCGCGACCUUGUUGGUGUCAUAACAAGGGUGUCUGAAACACACCCGCGGCUCCGUGUCGGUGACAUUAUUUUGGCCCCCUCAACCGAUUACCGGGACAUACGAAAGGCUGCAUUCCAGGAGUUUGCGGUAACCACGACAUAUAAUGCCGCUCGAGUGCCCAAGAGUGUACCCAUACAUGAUGCAGCAUCUAUCGGGGUUGCAUUUGUAGCUUCUGCCUUGGGCCUGGGACUCUCUCUCGGGUUGGAUUUUUCACAACUCCCAAGCAGCAUUCGAGGCCCCAAUCUGCUUAACCUACUUGAAACUGUCGACCCUGAAGAAAUUCCCAGCGAUAUCCGAGAGCAGUGUCUGGCCAGUAUUAAAGAGCCGGCACGGCCGGCCACGGGUGACUGGCUUGUGAUCUGGGGUGCUUCGACCACUACGGGAUUGGCGACUCUUCAACUUGCAAAGCUAUAUGGAUUACGAGUGAUUGGUAUUGCCGACCUCGCUCGGCAUGGACGUCGAUUAAAACAAUUGGGAGCGGAUAUUGUCAUUGAUCGACAUGAUCAAGACGAAGCAGUGCGCUCGAUAGUAUCUACUACAGACGGCAAACUACGUUUUGGAGUGGAUAUUGUUGGCAAGGAAACGGCAGAACUUCUUCAACAAGCUCUUUCAAAAGACAGCAGCAAUCUUCCAUCCCAUCUUCUUGGUUUGACCGGUCUGCCGAAAUCACGAGAUUCCAACGUACGAUAUCACAGCGUUCCUAUCAAGCUCUUUCACGAAGUUGCAUCGAUUGGAAACGAGCUUGUACUGUGGUUAGAGAAGCUACUAUCAAGUGGUGCACUUAAGCUACCGGAGACUAUCAGUGCUCCUGGUGGUCUUUCUGGAAUUAAUGAUGCAUUGGACCAGCUGCGUUCUGGACAUGCGUCCGGGAAGAGAAUUGUUGUUACUCUAGAUUCAUAG